AUGAUAUCAUAUUUUAAGGUAGUAGUUUUUUUAAUAUUUUUCUUUCAAUUUCUAAAAAAUAAGGUAAUUUGUUCCAUUAAUGAGAGUAAAAAUGCGAAUGAAAAUUUAAAUGAAGAUAAUAAUCUAAAUGAAGAUAGUAAUCUAAAUGAAGAUAAAAAUAUAAAUGACAAUAUAUAUCAAUUAAAAUUUAUGAUUGCAAAUGAUGAACUACAUAAGAAUUUAACGAUACAAGAAAAACUUAUAUUAGAUUCGUUAGAAAAUGAUAAAUUAAAAUAUCCUCUAUUAAAACAUGAAACCGAAACAUAUUUGGAUAUAUCUAAAUUUAAAAAAAAAAGCAUAAAUGAUGCAGAUGAUGACAUGUAUAUCAUACCAACUAUACAAUCAAGUUUUUAUGAUAUUGCAAAAUAUGAACAUUUAUUAAAAGAACAAUUAAUAGAAUCUUAUACUGCAAAUAUUUCUGAUUUAAUUAAAAAGAAAUUACUUAUUGUAAGAACAUUAAAAACAAUAAAAUUAAUGUUUAUACCAUUAAAUUCUUAUAAACAAAAAAAUAAUUUAAAAACUGCACUAGAAGAAUUAAAUGAAGUAUUUAAGAAUAAUGUAGAUCAAUCAGAAAAAAAUCGUUUGGUGAAUAACCAUCGAGAGGCAUUCAAAAAUAUUUUAAAUGUUGUUGAUGACAUUGAAAAAUCAAAAGAGAUCAUAAAUAAAGGUGAAACUUUAAUUCUUGGAAAUAGUAAGAUAGAUCUAAUGAGUACAAAUGACUUUUUUUUUACAACCAACACUAAUAUAAAAUUUAUGGAAGAAUUAGAUAAUAUAUCAAAACAAUACGGAUUAGGUUUAAUUAACCAGCUUGGUCCUCACCUUAUAGCUCUGGGACAUUUUAUGAUAUUGAAAUUAGCACUUAAAUAUUAUAAUAUAUUCUUUGAAUUAAAAUCUGUCAAAUUUUUUAGUUGGCAACAAAUAUUGAACUUUAAUAUGUCAGAUAGGUAUAAAAUACUUGAUAUGAUGUGUGAUCAGGAUGCUGUAUAUUAUUCAGAAAAAAAACGUAGAAAAACGUAUAUGAAAGUUGAUAGAUCGAAUACAAGCAUGGAAUGUAAUAUCCUAGAAUUUUUAAUUCAUUUUUUUAAUAAAUAUCAACUAGAAAUAAUUAAAAUUACGGAAGAUACGGAUUUCGACUUACAUGGUAUGAUGGAGCACAGACAUAUAAGAGAUCGAUUCUUUUCAUAUAUGUGUAAUGAUCCUAAAGAAUGUAUUAUAUAUCAUACCGAUAGAUUUAAAAAAGAAAAGGAUGAGGAAGAUACUUUCCAACAACAAGACACUAGUCACAAUAUUAGUGCAUACAAUUUAUACUUAAAUUUUUACUAUUUUAUGAAACGUUAUAGUUCUUACGGAAUGAGAAAAACUACAUAUGUUCACUUAUUAAAUUUAACAGGACUUAUAAAUUACGAUAUUAGAGCUUAUGUAACAUCACUUUAUUUACCUGGAUAUUACAACAUUAUUGAAAUGUCAUUUACUGAGGAAACAGAACUUCCAACGCUAUUUUAUCAUUCUUUGGAAUGUGUUAAAAAGUGUUAUUUCGAUGAAAAUAAUGAAUAUACCUUAUUCAUGAAAAAUACUUCCAUAGAUAGUAAUUUUAUUAACGAAGUAUCCAAGUGUGAUUUGUGUAAAGGAGCAUUCUUAUAUGCUAAUUUAAAAUAUGAUAAUGUUCCUUCCAUGUUACAAAAGUUUUACAUAUAUGUAACUCAGGGUCUUAAACUGAAAAAAGUAACAUCAUUAGUUAGAACAUUAGACAUUUAUCAAGAUUACAGUAAUUUUUUAUCGCAUGAUGUUAAUUGGUAUACAUUCUUAUUUUUAUUUAGAAUUACAAGUUUUCAAGAAAUUGCACAAAAAAAUGUGGCUGAAUCUUUGUAUUUAAAUUUGAAAGAUGAAGAUUCAUUUCAUAGAAGUGUUACUACAAGUUAUUGGUUUCCUUCACACAUAAAGAAAUAUUAUACAUUACAUGUUAGAAAACACCUGCCAAAUAAUUUAUUAGAUGAAUUAUUGAAACUAAUGCGAAAGAGUACAAUAGAGAAGAUGAAAAAAUCUAUCACAUUUUUAGUACAUGUUAAUUCAUUUUUACAAUUAGAUUUUUUUCAUAACCUUAAUGAACCACCCUUUGGAUUUCCCCGUGCACAUCCUUUAUCAUUAAUUCUUGAACAUAAAUUUAAAGAAUGGAUGAAUGGUUCACCUGCAGGUUUUUAUUUUUCAAAUUAUCAAAAUCCAUAUAUAAGAAAAGAAUUACAUAAUCGAGUAUUAGAUCUAAAGUUCGAACCACCAAAAAUAAAUGAAUGGAAUAAGGUUUUAAAAAUAAUAAUUAAAUGUGCGUAUGAAAUGUAUUUUGAACAAAGGCAUGUUAAAAAUUUAUUUAAAUAUCAUAAUAUUCAUAAUAUAAAUAAUAAAAUAAUGCUAAUGAGAGAUACAUAUGAUAUGUUUAAUAGAAAGAAUUUUGAUGAUAUUUUAUUUUUUGCGGAUAUAGUUAAUAUUAGAAAAUAUUUAACAGCAACUCCUUUAGUUAAAAAGCGUAUGGAUAGAACAUUUUAUGUUGUGCAUAGUAUUUUAGGAAAUUCUGUAAAUUUUUAUAAAUAUGGUAUUAUAUAUGGAUUUAAAGUAAAUAAAGAAAUUUUGAAAGAAGUUGUAGAUGAGCUGUUUUCAAUUUAUAAUUUUAACACAGACAUAUUUACGGAUACGUCUUUCUUACAAACAGUUUAUUUACUCUUUAGAAAAAUUGAAGACACUUACAAGACUCAAAGGAGAAACGAUAGAAUG